GUAGGCAGAAUUCAACGAAUGACGCGCACCUGCUGCUGCUCCGUUUGGCAGUGGAAGGGUUUGCAGAAUGGUGCGAGCCUUAGUUUCAUGGUUUAGUCAAAAGAGGCUUUUUUUUUAAAGAAUAUUCAAGGAGGAUAAAAGGAAAAAUGGGGCCCUGCUUUACAAUUGAAACUUUGUUGAGAAGCAAGGACAAUUCUUCUCUUCGAUCUUGACAUUCCUCUCUGUUGUGAGAAGAAAAAAAAAAAUCAUUGUACCGACAGUUAAUCCCGGUGGAUUUCCCUUUAUCUCUCUUCUUCUUCUUGCCUUGAUAUUCACUCCCAGGUUUCAAAGCCAGAAGAGAAUUGGUGCAUUUCACUUGUCGUUGUGGGGAACAGGGGAAUAGGAUGAUGAGUAAAGAAGAAGACAACGCCAAGUUCCUUAAAAUCCAGACGUGCACUCUGAAAGUGAACAUACAUUGUGAUGGAUGUAAGAAGAAGGUCAAGAAACUGCUCCACAAAGUUGAUGGUGUUUAUACGACCAGCAUAGAUGCAGAGGAAGGGAAGGUGACUGUGUCAGGUAAUGUCGAUCCUGCAGCCCUCCUCAAGAAGCUUGCCAAAGCUGGGAAGCAUGCCGAGCUGUUAGCUCCCAAGGCCUGUAACAACGACCAGAAGCCACAGCUACAGCUGCAGAAGCAAGAUGGGAAGGGUGGUGGAAAUGGCAUCAUUGACGGCGGCGGCGGCAAAGAUCCAAAGCUUCAACAAUCCAAGCCAAUACCACAGCAACAGCAGCAGCAGCAGCAGCUGCAACAACAACUAUUUCAGCAGCAUUUGCAGCAGCUGCAGAAAGUCAAAGCCGCCAACAACGUGUUGAUGCCUCCGAUGAAGCUGCUUAAUUUACCACCGCAGAAGAGUCUUAAAUCUGUCAACUUCGAAUUUCCUCCCAAAGGGUUUCAGGGCUACGACGAUGACGACGAAGACGAUUUCGAGGAGGAGGAUGAUUUGGACGAGAAUGACAUGGAUGAGUUCGACUGCUUUGAUGUCGAUUUCGAUGAAGAGUUCAGGAACAUCAAGAUCAAACCUGCGAUUUCGACUCCGAAAGCGAAAGCCGAGAAAGGUGAUCAAGUUCCUCCGGUGCACAGUAGAGCCGUGUGUAACAACGUCGGCCGAAAGAACGGUAAGAAAGAUGCCGGUUCUGCCACCACGAGUGGAGGUGGUGCCAGGCCACAAGAUAUCAAGAACAACGGCAACUUCAACAAGGCCACUCACAAUGGCGAAGCUGCUGGGAAACUUAACGGCGAUGUGCAUGACGUCAAUCUAGCAAAGAAGAUGCAGGGGAAGAACGGAAUCGGCGGUGUGUGCCAUCCGAUGGUCAAUCCUAGCAUGGUGGGCCAUGGUUUUCCGGCGGGAAAAAUGCAAGUUCCCGUUGGUCACGUGGGGAAUAUCCCGGCGGCGCACGGCGCGGGCGCAGCGCCCGGUUUCUACCAGGGAGGAGGCGCGUUGGUGCCGCCGGCUGAGGUGAUUGCUGCCGUGAAUCCGUAUCAGCAGCAGUAUAUGGCCGCAAUGAUUCAGCAGCAACAGCAGCAGCAAAGGAUGAUGAUGAUGAUGCAAGAUCGGCCGGCCUUUCAGCCGACGAUGGCCUACUCCCGGGCACCGCCGGUGACGAUGUACAACAUGUACAUGCCCCCACCUCCGGCGCCACAUAGCAGUGAACCGUACACCACCUUCUUCAGUGAUGAGAACGCCGGCAGCGGCUGCUCAAUUAUGUGAAAGAAAUGAAUCUUUAGCUUGUUCUUGUUUUUUUUUUUUUUUGUUUUUGUUUUUUUGUUGUUAUUUUCACGCUGAUUGCAAGCCAAAUGAUAUGAUGGAGGACAUUCUGCAGUUAUGUGAAUUAAAUCGGCAAACUCACUAAUUAGUGAGUGAUAC